AAAUACAUAAUAAAUAUCACAUUUUAUCUCUGAAGCAGACAACUUCUCAAAAAUUGUAGACCAGUGUUACACUUUACAUUAAAGUUCCCAUGACAAGUGUAAAAGUGUUGCAGAGUGGAAAGAGUUAAACACUGCAGCUAGUCAAAAUUCUGAAUGGGGGCUCUGACCCUGGAGUGUUAAGUCCCUGUUGAAUCCCUCCUUGCGUUACAGAGGUGGGGUUGAGUCAGGUCUGGGAGUGGGGCCUCCAUCCCCUGAGCUGUGAGGUCUGUGACCCCCCCCCCCACCUGUGUCACAGAGCUGGGUCUGAGCUGGGGGUCUGUGUGGGGGUUGCACCCCAUUGCGAUGAAGUUCUCGAUCCCCUCCCUGCGCCAUAGACUCGGGUUUGAACUGAGUGCAUGAGUGGGGACCACGAGGUUCAUGAUCCCCUCCCGGCGGUGUCGCAAAGCCAGGGCGCAUUUCACUCCUCCGUCUCAUGUUACAGAGCUUGUCACAGGCCUUCCUUUGAUCCCACAGCAGCUCCAGGGCAAGGCAGAGCCUUUCACUCCAAAGCCGUCCUCUCCUCCGUCCCUCUGCCAACAGGGCUGGUGGAGAUGGCAUAUGCGACUGUCAGGGCCGCCAAUUUCACUUGGAUGUAUUCCUGGAGGAUUCAUCACAUGACAUAAUCGUUCAUUAAAGAUUAAUCUUUAAUUCCUGGAGACGCCAGGACAAUCCUGGAGGGCUGGACCCUAGCCACGGUGUUGCGGUGCCAUGGGGAAAUUACUCACACACUGCUCCGCCCGCCCCGGGCUGCAAUUGGCUCUGAUGUGAUGUAGCAGAGAGAGAGAGAUGCUGCAAGAAGAGCAUCAUUUCUGCAUCCCUCCACUUCCCCACCCCCUCCCAGCUUCAUCCUGGCACUUGCUGGUGGCUUUUGUCCUGGCAUGUGAUUGCAUCCUCCCUCCGCCCCCCUCGGUUUUGCCUGGUUUCCUUUCCCCCUGCCCUGCGGAGUAGAAAUGGUACAGUCCUUUCUCCAGCAGACUGGUAGCUCGUGGAUGUUGCUGGAACAUAAGAGCAUCAGCACAGGCUGCAGAGGCUGGCUUGACUGCAGCGAGCAAACCUCUCACCAGGCCGGCACAAGAGAGGCAAGAGGCGUUCUCUCUGCUGCUGCUGCUGCUGCUCCUAGUGCUCUGCACAAGUGUCGGUGCACAACUGUCAGUGUCCCAAGCAGGAGAGCAUCACCCGUGAGGCACGAUGACCCAAGGGAAGCUCUCUGUGAAUAACAAGCCUCCUAACUCCGAGGGACAGCAGGGACAGGGAGAGAAAAAGGAUAAUGCGACUGCCCCAUCGGCACCCCCGACGUAUGAGGAAGCAACUUCAGGGGAAGGGAUGAAAACGGAGGUGUUCUCCCCUCCACCGUCUGUGCCCCUCCACCCCAGCUGGGCUUAUGUGGACCCCAGUGCCAGCCCAAACUACGGCAGUGGAGGGUACCCCGGGGACACGGAGCUACUCACGACCUUCAACUGGGAUGACAAAAACGUGCGCAGAGUGUUCGUCAGAAAGGUCUAUGCCAUUCUUAUGCUCCAGCUGUCUGUCACAGUCAGCAUUGUGGCUCUCUUCACCUUCUGUGAGCCAGUCAAAGGUUACGUCCAGUCAAACCCAGCCUGGUACUGGGCUUCCUAUGCCGUGUUCUUUGUGACAUACUUGAUCCUGGCUUGCUGCUCCGGACCCAGGAGGUAUUUUCCAUGGAACCUGAUCCUCUUAAGUGUCUUUACUCUCUCCAUGUCCUAUCUCACUGGAAUGCUCUCCAGCUAUUACAACACGACGUCGGUUCUCUUGUGCCUGGGGAUCACAGCCUUGGUGUGUCUUUCCGUCACCAUCUUCAGCUUCCAGACCAAGUUUGACUUCACCUCCUGCCAGGGCGUUCUCUUCGUCAUGCUCAUGGUGCUGCUCUUCAGUGGGAUCAUCCUGGCCAUUCUCCUCCCCUUCCAAUAUGUGCCGUGGCUCCAUGCUAUAUAUGCCGUGCUGGGUGCGAUUGUCUUUACUAUGUUCCUGGCAUUCGACACACAGCUGCUGAUGGGGAACCGCCGGUACUCACUGAGCCCGGAGGAAUACAUCUUUGGAGCCCUCAAUAUCUACCUGGACAUUGUCUACAUCUUCUCCUUCUUCCUCCAGCUCUUCGGCUCCAGCCGGGAGUAAGCGCAGUGAGAAAGCGUCUGUCCUCACCUGGCAAAACAGAAAAAUGUUAAAAAAACAAAACAAAAAAAAGAGGGGGAAAAGAUAGCCAACCUUUCUGGUCCCUUUGCCAGCUCCUUUCCAUCUACUGAGCAACCCCCUGGUUCCUUCUGCAGCUUGUACAUAUGCUGUUAGCCCUUUGUGACCCAGAAAGCAAACUGGGGUGGAAAUGCUAGACGUCCUCCCACCCCCUGAAAUCAAACCAAAGCAGAGUCGGUAGUGCCGGUGGGGCAGCAGGCUGGGCUCUCCCAUUUGCAAAGGUCACUAGGGUUCCCCAUCUGGCUUCGGCACAUUAUUGCAUGUAGGUACGUUACCGUGUGUGCUAUUGGGAUGCAAAGCCCGGCUGUGAAAGGGAAAAAGAUGGGGGUUGGGAAUUUGUUUGGGUCCUGGCAGGAGAACUAGCAGCUGGACAAAAGAAGGGAGUAGGUUAGGGUUCCAGGACUGCCUAGGUAUCCACCUUCCCUCUCUCCUGCCUCCAUGCACAAUCUGAGUCAUGUGAUUACAGUACAGUCGCAGCCCAGAAAUGAAUGGCACCUCUUGGCAAUCUCGCUAGCAGACAUCUACUUGGUGCGAGAACAGCAGCUCUCCAUCAGAGCAGCCCCCUAAGAGACAUCCCCAGCACCCUCCAGGCCUUCCUGUGUCUCCUUUCUACCAGACCACAAAACUGAGAACACUCUUUCCUCCCAUAAUGCCUCCCAGGCCAGGCUGAUCACUGAUGUGGGACUCACCUACCCAGCCAGCUGCCUCAGGGGAUGAGUAGACUGGAGCUGUCUAAGGUGUGGGCCCCAGGCAGGAUUGCAAACAGGUGUCAAGGGGUCAUGAUACCAGCCUGCCCUUUCCAUAUCACUAAAUGUGGAGGGAGGCUAGGUCCCAGCUAGAUGGGUCCCAGGAUGGAGAAGGUUGAGAAGCAUCAGCCUAGGCAAAGCCAGGAUCCCAGUGUCCAUGAGGAAGAUGGUGAGAUUGGACAAAGACCCUAGGGGCUCAUAUGGACUCAUUAGUGUCCUACAGUAAUGGCCUCGAACUCUAGAUGCUCCAUCGUGCAGUGCGUCCGGGGUCACCACCACCACGAAUGCAGUUGUAUUGCUUGGUGAGCAUGCCCAGCUUGGAAGGGCAGAGAGGUGUCUGCACCACACCCCAGCGGUACUGCCCGGAUGCCUCCUAUGUGUGCUCCCAGCUUCAGAUUGGACAGCGGGUGCUGGAGAGGUCUUCUUUCUAACCACUGGAGAGCAUCACAUCCACCAGCAGGCUUGGGUGGCAUUAAUGCCGUUGAACAAGCUUCCCUGACCCCCCCGACUUCUGAGAUGCUGAAACUACGGAACUUGUAAACACUGACAUCACGUGAGUCACCCAAGAAUGGGGUGCCAGCUGCAGGCACCCUAAAGCUGGAUCUCCAUGCAAUUGCCAGGCCUGCUACCUGUCAGCUGGCACGAAGAACCAGGUGUUUCUCGCACUACCCUCUGCUGGUGAGCAGAUGUUUCAUCACCUCUCCACGGAAGGCACUUAGUACUCAAGAAAAAAUAGCUGACCUGCGGCCUGCCGCCAAGGAGGCAGAGUCUGAUCAAAUUAGCAGGGACAGAACCAAACGAAGGAGGAGCUGUUGCAGUUGGACAAAAUACCGACAUCUCCAUUUUUAAAAGUCCAUUCUACCAACAUGAAUAACGUGGCAGAGGAGCUGAUCUAGGGUUAUCCUGCCCCAUUGUUGCACCUUCAGGGGAACCCAAUGCAGUUUUGAAGAAGGAAACUGGGGACUACACCCAGGAGUACCCAAGAAAUACCCACGUAAUUUAGUGAGGGCUGCCUAGGUGGCAUUUCGAGAAACCACUUGGAAUAGAGUGCCAGGUCUUAGUGCCCUGUGCCAGGUUGUAGGACAAAAAAGAGCUGUCCAGCUGACUCAUCCUGGCAGCCAGAUCAGGUGGAUCCUAUUAGCGCCAACCCAGGAUAUAAAAGGGAUUUUCGAGUGUCUCCCUGAGACAGAGAAAGCACUAGGGUCAGGGACAGAGGCAGUCCUUCAGGGAGAAUAGCAAAAUUCAGGAGCAAGCUCCGGUGACAAGUUUCUAUUUAUUGUUAUUUGAACAUAACAGUAGAGGGGGCCCUAGGAAAAAGGGUAAGUUUGGACUCAAGCCUGGGUGUGUGAGGCGAAAAGGGGGAAUGCCCAUGCUGCUGACACCGAGUGGCACCCUGAGAAAUGCCCACUAUCCAGAUGGAUUGCUGAGGAGCACCCAAGAACCGCCCAGGUGGGGCGCUCUCUCACAGAACUACCCUGAACUCAUGCUAUGAAAGGCCAGGUAGUGAAAGCAGCCCCUUUGCUAUUCAACUAUUCAAGUCCUCGAGUUCAGCUCCCCUGCCCUCCAAGCAGGGCUGCUUUUGGAUGCCUCCGAGUGCACCAGUAUCUGUUAAUAUCCCCCAUUUGGAAAUAAACUGGCUAAUUAACUGCAGGGCCCCAGGCUGAGAUAAGAUAAGAGGCAUUUAACUAGUAUUUAAAAGGCGAUCCUUCCCCCUGAUAGGGCCCUUUAUCUGAAAUCUCCCUGAGAAGACCAGGGCAUGUGCGUCAGCGGGUUGCUUCUAGCCAUUCCAAACCGCUGGAGGGGGAACCUGUGCCAAGCUCUCCAUACUGUACAUUCCUUCUCCGCUGCUCUCCGGCUUCCCAGGCGCGCACACACCUUCCACACAUGCCUCAGCCCCACGUUGAGUGAAGCAAAGGAAAGUUACUGUGCCCAGGGGUUGUAGGAAGUAAAUCUCGGGCUCCUUUCCUGCGCCGCUGCUGAUCCCCCGUGUUCAGAGAUAAUCGUGCUCUUCCCGCACCCCCUUUCCCUUCCAGUUCCAUAUUGCCUGAUCAAACUGCAUCACUUUUGUACACAAUCAGGACACGGUGCGGGCACUCAGAGGUCAGGGGGAUGGGCGUCUGUGGAAGGCCCCAUGGAGAGGGACUGGGAGAUGCUGCAAAGUGCAACCCCUCUGAACUUCGCAGUGGGAAUGGGGGAGAGUUGAUGGUGUUGUUCUGGAUUUACACCAGUGAUGGCAGAAAACAGGCUUUGGCCCCUCUGGGUUGUAUGGCGACAUGUCUAGUGUAGUCUGCAUCUGCAAGUGUAGCCAUGCCUUGAGUGCAGGGGGCUGGACCAGAUGAUGUCUCGAGGUCCUUUCCAGUUCUAUGAUUCUACGUCAGUUGGAGGUAUGGCUGCAGCUCAGGUAGGCAUACCUCUGCUGGCUUGAAUCGAGCUAGCAGGGUUAAAAACAGCAGUGAUGCCACAGUAGGACGGACCCCGUCAUGGGCUAGCAGCGUGAAUACUGGGUCAUUACCACUGUUUUUAGCUGGACUGGGUAGUUGAAGGCAGGCCUACCUGCCACCAUGACAGUAUAGACUAAUGCUGGGUGAGGAUCCUGAGAGAUCUGCCGGCAGAAAGUGGCAGCUAUUUACCCAAGUUAUAUUUCUUGGUCAUAAUAAUUAGCACUUAACGUCUUUAAAGCUUUUUACAAACAUAUAGGCCAAAAUCAUCAGCCAUGGCCAGUGAGUUUUAUUAUUAUUAUUUGUGUUGCAAUAGGUCCUGGAGCCCCCCUCACAGAUCAGGACCCUAUUGCUAAUGGAAGGUUAAGAUGCUAAGAGUUUGAUUCCCUUGCGUUCUGGGGAGAUCAAAAUAGCAGAAGAGAUCAAGUGCUGGCUGCAGAAGCUUUCCAAGCCAGGACCCAGAUCACCGUGGCCCUGCGUCAUGAGUCUUCAUUUACAUCAGUGCAAAGUGGGCACGAAACACAGGUGUAAAUGGUGACACGUGGUGCGGGUUUAGCAGAGAAGCAGACCUGACUGCUACAAGGUGAAAGGAGACAGUUGGGUACAUACCAGUCCUGGCACAAUUUGCUUCUCAACAUAUUUGCCUUGCCCGUCUCCUCGAGAAUGAGUUCUUACAAAAUACAACCCCAAUCCACAGAUUCAUUUAUUUAUGAAAUUCCUAUGGCUUGCAAACAAAGCAAAUAGGCUGUUAUAUAUUGUUGCAAAUCCAUGAUCACAUUGGCUCUUCCUAGAUGUUGCUGUACUGCACACAGUGGCCAUUUAGAACUUCACGGCGACAGUAGGGAUAGAACAUGGAUCUUUCUAGUCCAAAAGCCCAACCCCUUGGGCUAAAGGAGAAUCUUCAUUAGCUGCUGGCAGUGUAGGACCUAUGAUACACAGUUGAAUUCUGUUUCUAUCUGCAGAGUGCGGUGGUGCACAUAUGUAUUAGCUGGGUCAGUGCAAUAUCUUGCACAGGAUACUGUAACCCUUAAAACAAUACAGAGAGGAGGGUGGAGGAAGGGAAAUAAGUGCCCUGACCAAGAAAAUUAUUGAGCACUUGGAAACGGGACAGAUGCAAUUGCAGGGGAGAAAUUGUCUGGAUAUCCCCCUCACUCAUUCCCUAGCCGAACCCUCUCUGCAAGGAUCUUAGCAUAAACUGAAAUCACAGUUUCCCUCAUUAUCUACCCCCAGAGAGCUACUGCAGAGAGGGGCAAAUGCUUCCCUCUGCACCUACGCCAGGGCUGAUUUUUAAGGCUUUAGCAGCCUCCUGAGUUGCAGUCUUCCAGCCCAAGAAGGACCCGGAUCUGGAUACUCAUAUACGUCAGGGAAAAGUUCAGCUCCAGGUCCAAACUUUGCAGCUGCCUCCUACCUCUACAAUGGGUAGAAUCGGAACCCUGAAUCCAAAUGCCUCCUGGAUUUUGGGAGAAAUUUGGAUCUGGCUCCAGGUUCAAACUUUGCCCCCUCUCCCUAGAAUCAGCUUGAUCCAAACGCCAGGUAUACUUUGGGAGAAGUCCAGAUCCUGAUCCCCACUUGGCCCUAUCUCUUCUGCAGCGUGGAGUGAUUCGCCUUUCACUACCAAGGCCUGAGUUGCAGCUUCUGCUCCGGCUCCCCCUGUUUUCCAGUGGGAAACACCUGCAUGGCACCUGCUAGUCUCUCUCCAGGGGAAAACAAUGGAACCAAAAUAGCUUGCUGCCCCUUUGUGUUCCUUGGUGGAAUUGCAGGGGCUCCCAUCCUUGCAUGUUCUGUCUGGUCGCUGCUGCUGCUGCUUAGCCUCCCCUGUGGAUUGCAGCCGAUCCAGCUCUCCAAGCAAGGCCCCGAUCCUGUUCCCCAUUGAAGCCAGCAGCAAAAGUCCUCGGUGCUCGGAUACAACAGGGAUGAGGAAGGAGUUAGCACUGAGCAAGACGAAGCCUCCGUUGGUUUCAGUGAUGCAGGAGAGGGGCCCUCAGGGGGACCCAUCAGAGGGCAAGGGCUGGGUUUUCCCUAGGUGGGCUUGGGUGAGGCGGGAUUGUGUGUCUCCAUCCGCACAGCUCCCCUUGCUAUGUCCUUGUGCUCUAUCCUCAGAAUCCCAGCUCCGCCUGUGACCCGCGUACUCCUCCCUCCUUCCAUUCCUUUGAUUUCCUUGUAAAUAAAAUUUUGUAUUUUCUCUGGACAUUGCUAAUAAAUUGUUGCAAA